AUGGAUUCAGCAGCAAAUGAAGAUAUGAGUUUAACUAAUUGGAAUGGCACUAUUAUAGGACCUUUUGGAACUGCUUUCGAAAAUAGAAUUUAUUCAUUAAAAAUUACUUGUGGGCCAAAUUAUCCUAAUCAAGCUCCUUAAAUAAAAUUUAAUAGUAAAAUUAAUUUACCUUGUGUUAAUUAAUCAAAUGGAUAAAUUGAUAUUAAUAAAUUCAAUAUUUUAAAAAAUUGGAAAUCUAAUUAUACUCUUGAAAAUCUUUUGGUUAAUUUGAAAAAUGAGAUGAUUUCUAAUAAAAGACUUUAAUAACCUCCAGAAGGUUCAAAUUAUUGA